ACGUGGGCUGAUGGUGAAGUCAAGAUGGCUGCGAACCUCAGGCAGAGGAAAGAGCCUGCAGUAGGAAGGCCGUGAAUGAAGUUUUCAAUAGAAAAUCCUUCGUCGCUUCCCGAUCACACUGAAACCAUCGUGCUGUUGGAGUUGCGAUCAGCCCGUGGAGGACUUAAAACAUUCACAAACAGCAACAGAAUAACAAACAACUGAGGAUAAAGUCUCGUAUGAAUUCCGACGAGAAGGAGGACUGUGAGUGUGCGCCACCACAGGCCGAGACUAGCCCCGCCAGAGGACCUGAUAGAGAAUACGAGGAGCCUGAAAUAGAAAACCCAGAAGCAAGCCGAAUGAAGCGAGCCGCUGCCAAACAUCUAAUAGAGCGCUAUUACCACCAGUUAACGGAGGGCUGUGGGAAUGAGUCUUGCUCCAACUCAUGGUGUGCCUCGUCAGUCGGCUUCAACCGCAUGGAUAACAAUGCAGCGGCGGUCAAAGCCCUGGAGCUCUACAAGGUCAACGCCAAGCUGUGCGACCCACACCCCUCGAAGAAAGGCACUGCUUCUGCCUACCUGGAGAGCAGCGCUCACAGCAACUCAGCCUGCAGCAACAGAAAGAUGAACCACAAAGAUGUCCACUCUGUACGAGACAAUUUCAAAGAUGUAAAUUACCUAACAGAGGAGAAGGUGUAUGAGAUCUUGGACAUGUGUGGCGAGAAGGAGGAUUACUCCCCCCUGAUCCGGGUAAUAGGUCGGGUUUUCUCCAGUGCUGAGGGUCUGGUGCAGAGCUUCCGGAGGUCCAAACCUCAUACCAAGGAGGAGCUAAAGUCUCUCCAAGGUAAGGAUGAGGACAAAGAUGAGGAUGAGAAGGAGGCAGCCGCCUGCUCUGCUACAGCUAUGGAGGAGGACUCCCCCACCUCAUCUUCGUCAUCUCGGCUCGGAGAGGGCUCCUCAGGGGAAAACGAUGUCCAAAAGCUCGCCCCUGAUGAGGUGUCAGUGGACAUUGAAGCUGUGCGGCGCGUCUACGAGCGCCUCCUGUCCAAUGAGAAGAUAGAAGCCGCCUUCUUGAAUGCACUGGUCUACCUCUCACCUAACGUAGAGUGUGACCUGACGUACCACAAUGUGUAUUCACGAGACCCAAACUACCUGAACCUGUUUGUUAUAGUGAUGGAAAACAGCAACCUUCACAGCCCAGAGUACCUGGAGAUCGCUCUCCCGCAGUUCUGUAAGGCCAUGAGCAAACUCCCGCUGGCAGCUCAGGCCAAACUUGCCCGCUUGUGGUCGCAUUACAGCGCCGAGCAGAUCCGGCGCAUGGUGGAGACCUUCCAGCAGCUCAUUACCUACAAGGUGAUCAGCAACGAGUUCAACAGCCGCAACCUGGUCAACGAUGAUGACGCGGUGGUGGCGGCCACCAAGUGCUUGAAGAUCGUCUACUAUGCAAACGUGCUGGGGGGCGACCUCGACAUGGAGCAUAACGAGGAAGAGGAUGAGGAGCCCAUUCCGGAGUCCAGCGAGCUCACCCUGCAGGAGCUGCUGGGUGAGGAGCGACGGAACAAGAAGGGCCCUCGGGUGGACCCGCUGGAGACGGAGCUGGGAAUCCGCACCAACGAUUGCCGGCGGCCACUUAUUCCCUUCGAGGAGUUUGUAAACGAGCCUCUGAACGAGGUGUUGGAAAUGGACAAGGACUACACUUUCUUCAAGGUGGAAACUGAAAACAAGUUCUCCUUCAUGACCUGCCCCUUCAUCCUGAACGCCGUCACCAAGAACCUGGGUCUGUACUACGACAACCGCAUCCGCAUGUACAGCGAACGGCGCAUCACUGUGCUCUACAGCCUGGUGCAGGGUCAGCAGCUCAACCCUUACCUGAGGCUCAAAGUGCGCAGAGACCACAUCAUUGAUGAUGCUCUGGUCAGGCUGGAAAUGAUAGCAAUGGAGAAUCCUGCAGACUUGAAGAAGCAGCUGUAUGUGGAGUUUGAAGGCGAGCAAGGUGUUGAUGAAGGAGGUGUUUCCAAAGAGUUCUUUCAGCUGGUGGUGGAGGAGAUCUUCAACCCAGAUAUUGGCAUGUUCACAUAUGACGAGCGCACCAAACUGUUUUGGUUCAACCCGUCAUCGUUUGAAAAUGAGGGCCAGUACACUCUGAUUGGCAUCGUCCUUGGUUUGGCCAUCUAUAACAACUGUAUCCUGGACGUCCACUUUCCUAUGGUGGUCUACAGGAAGUUGAUGGGCAAGAAAGGAACGUUCAGGGACUUAGCUGAUGCCAACCCGGUUCUGUACCAGAGUCUGAAGGAGCUGCUGGAGUACGAGGGCAGCGUGGAGGACGACAUGAUGAUCACUUUCCAGAUUUCUCAGACAGACCUGUUUGGGAACCCACUCAUGUACGAUUUAAGGGAAAAUGGGGACAAGAUUCCAGUCACAAAUGAAAACAGAAAGGAAUUCGUCGCACAGUACUCGGAGUACAUGCUGAACAAAAGUGUGGAGAAACAGUUCAAAGCCUUCAGGAGAGGCUUCCACAUGGUCACCAACGAGUCGCCGCUCAAAUACCUGUUCAGACCUGAGGAAAUCGAGCUCCUCAUCUGUGGAAGCAGGAACCUAGAUUUCCUAGCACUUGAAGAAACAACAGAAUAUGAUGGCGGUUAUAACAGAGAUUCUCGAAUCAUCAAGGAGUUUUGGGAGACAUUGCACUCAUUCGGUGAGGAGCAGAAGCGCCUCUUCCUGCAGUUCACCACCGGCACUGACAGAGCACCCGUGGGUGGGCUGGGCAAGCUGAAGAUGAUCAUUGCUAAGAACGGCCCUGACACAGACAGGUUACCGACGUCUCACACUUGCUUUAAUGUGCUGCUGCUGCCUGAGUACAGCAGCAAGGAGAAGCUGAGGGAGAGACUGCUGAAAGCCAUCACCUAUGCCAAAGGGUUUGGCAUGCUCUGAGCCCCUGUUCCAAAACAGACUCCUUCUCAGAAAGCCCAUCAAACCCUGCCCUGCCCUUCCUGUAUCAGACACAAUCUAAAAGGUGACAAAAGACAGACCAGAGUAUGUUUUGAGGAAAAGCAAGUCAAUAAUGAAAGAGGACAAAUGGUUCUAAUAGAGCGCUCUAGUAGUUCUGCUACUGUGCCUGCAUCAUCCCACAUCAGUCAGUGUAAGCACAGAGACCUCCUGAAGUACCCACUCCCACAUCCACAUUAUGUGAAUGUGCUGCAGCCUCCCCUUCUUUUUUUUUUUCUAUGUACAGAGAGGAUCAUUUUCCUUAUUAUUUAUUUUAAGGUUAAAAUGGGUUAUUUUUCAUGCCUGCCUGUUGUGAUAGCUUCCCUACUUGGGGAAGGGGGAGGGUUAAUAUUAAAUAAUGUAAAUUUGGGAUGACACCAUAACAAGUCAAUAUAAACCCUGUUUAUUGAACAAAAACAUGUCAAAGUAACCCUCGACUCUUGUCCACAGACAGAGAAUCUAGUUUUAGAGUAGUCUUUACUGCAAAAUAUUGUAUUCCCCACUGAAGAAAGAGAUUUCGCUGACCAUUCCACUCACUACCAUUGCUUAUUGUUUCCACCAAAUCCAUUUUGAUCAAGGUAAGCAUUUGGAAAAUUACUGUCAUUUGGUCCAAAUAGGCACAUUAUCAAAUAGCUGUUUCGUUUGCUUUUGGACCUUUUUCCUUUGUGGGGGGACACCGCAGGUUAGACUAAAAUCUUGUCAGAGCUGUGUAAGUGCACUUAGACAUUUUCAGAAUGUUUGUUUUUCGGCCACAGGUUGCCAUGAUUGUUUGAAGCAUUUUAUUUCCUUGUCUUCCUGUGUUGACGAUGCUAAAUAAAAACAGUAUUUAUAUAUCAGUGCAGUUGGAACUACAAUACGGUAUUGUACUACAAUAAUGCUACGGAGGAUGUACACAUGUAGACUUGACGACGUUCUCAGAUAAAGACAUAGAGUUCUUCUUGUGCCAACCUACAGUCAGUUGAUAGGUGAAAAACCCUGAUGAGCACUUUGUGUUGUCUUUUUCUGGCUUAGUCUCACACUGCACAGUUAAGUUUAUCCGGAACCUUCACAUGUGAACCUUCACAGUGUGCACUGACAGAUCUUUGCUACUUUGUGGUCUUCGGUUCAUCGGACCUACGUCACUGGCUGUGGUUACACCUGUCAUUUAACAACACAACAACCUGACAGGUGGUACAACUCGCAACAGCGUGUUAGGGCACAAUCCCAACGCACAAAGCUGCAAUCCAGGGUCAGACAAUCCUGAAGCUCAGACAAGUUGCUUCCUUUGCUGUUAGACCCACAGUGCAAAAUGCUAGCAGUGUAAAGAAAGUGAGAAAUUAAUCGAACUCAUUUGAAAACCCUUUUCAUCAACAGACAGGCCUUGUUAACUGUGUCCCCCUGCUUUGUUCUAAGCUAGGACCAACCUACGGACCUCCAUACUGAACGCACAGAUGACACUCGUGUCGUCUUCUGUGACUCCUGUGUGGACUCAUCACUGUGAUCAGAUUUAGGUUUGGAUCUGUCACAUUCAGUAAAAGUGAAAACAGGUGUAACCACUGUCGAUAAAAAAAAAAAAGGCAAAAAAAAAAGAAGUGCUAAGUAGUGCUUUCUGUUUAACAAGAAUUUGACUGUGAAAUCAUCCCCCUACAGAGCAGGCAGAUCUUUUGUAUUUUGUUUUUAGUUCUCUGAUCAGUGGAAUAGGCUGCACUUGUAAAGGACUUGAGGAAUGUCUGCAUGAUGUUCUUGCACACAGACUCGGUUCACUGGUUUAAGUGACUCUUUUUUUUUUUUUUUUAAACAACCUGGGUCUUGUUUUGUAGUUUUGGCCACAGUUCUUUUUAUUUCUUUUUAAUGCAGCAAUUUCAUAGUUUGACACAUUUAAUAGAGCGCAACAGGACAAGCAACGCAAGUUACCAGACACCCAGACGGGGUUUAAACCCUUCUGCAGUUUACCCAGAUUAUCUGAGCCACUUACUUGAAAGUAAAAGCAAAAAUCUGCACGCUGGAAAUAUUGGACAAGUUGUUACGGUGCAAGUACAAUGAAGAGUAUAAAAGAGAGGUGAGUACCUUUGGCAAUGUCAAUAACUGUCAAAUGAUUCAAAAUUGUAUUACCUUACAGUAACUGUAGUUCAACAGUUGGGUGUUUGCUCUUAUGUGGAAUGAAGAAGAAACCGUUUAGAUCUUCUGUGUUCAAAAUACAGGCUCCAGAGUAGAAACUCAACAAGAGUCUGUGCAACUUUAACUAAGACUUAAAUCUUUUAUUGUUUCAGCCCUUUGUUGCACUACCUUUUAAAGUUUGUUCUUCUUUGGAAACUCUUGUGUGAUUUUUGCAGUGCGUUUUAGAUUGUUCCUCCUCUGCCAAGCUCCUGCAGACUGGAAGUCAUCUUGUCAGCCAGUAUUUUUGUACAUUCAUGGUGCCAUUUAUGAAUGUCAUCUACCUUUUGCACUCAUGCAGCUCCAUAUUAUCACACUCCCACCUCCGUGCUUCACUGUCAGGACCAUGCAUUCGCUGUGGUCGUCCUCAGCUGGACAAAUUAUUCUUAUCCAGUAAUUAUCAAACUUCUUUCUUGUCUUUUAACGAAGUCUGAUUUCUCAGACGUUAUCCAUUGAGGUUGACAUUAUGCAAUGUCCUUCACACUGUCAUAGAGUUUCCAUUGGGCCCAGUGUGAGCUAGAUUGUGCAAGUAGCGCACUGUUGUUGCCGCCAUCCUUUCAGGAGGACGACCACUGCAGUCCUGAUUAGCGGUACAAUGGCUCGCUUUGUACCUGAUGUGAUAGUUGGUCACUGAUUUUCAUGUGUAACUUUUACAUAUUUGUCAAGUCUCUCAAACCUAUUUCUCUGUUCCUGUGGCACUUCUUUUCUAUGUGGAGCCAUGAUGCAGACAGUCAAAAGGUGCAAAACUGAGAAAGUUCUGGAGGCCAUUUUACAACCAUGUUCAUGCAAUUUGGCAAAUUGGAAAUGACAGGUGUUCUCAGUGUUGUAAUUACAGGUGUGUUCACUGUUGUUGCAUUGACAUUCUACUGUGGAGCCUGUAGUUUCGGUAUGUUCUUUGUAGCAUUUGUUCUUGGCUGUUCAUAAGAGGAAAUACUCAACUGUUUAACUUAGAAAUAAUUAUUGAAAGCUGAUUCAAUGUUUAAUCAUUUAAAGUGAUAUUGCACACUUGCUUCUGAACUCACUUCUGUUUUGUACUUGACUUGCUGCUCACACUGACAAAAGUCAAGGAGGACUUGCUGGUCAUUGCGAUGGAUGAAACGAUGACCAUCAAGUCGGAUUUCAAGGGUCAACUUUUGUACUGAAUGGAAGCAUCUUGAGGAAAACUAUAUAUAUAACCAAAAAAAAAGCUUAUACGUAGCUAUUAAAAUUUGCCAACUUACUGGUCCUUAAACUCUUUCACUUCAAGUAUGUGGUUAAGAUCAUUUGGGUAAAUUGCAGACAAAAAUCCUCACACCGAUGUAAAUCUGUUAGUUUCCCUCAUCUUUAGACUCGGUAUGAAUUGCUGUAGCAUUUAUGUCAACUACAUCUCUGAGCUCCUAAAUGAAGCCGGCUCAGGUAUCGUCACGUGGCGUACACAUGCUACUUCAGUCUUUGUUUAAAGACAGCAUCAAGUGUGAGCGUUCUGCUUGACCUUAGUCCAGCUGGUUUUCUUCAAGAGAAAGCGUGAACACAGACCGAUCAUGAAGGACGUUCACAUCUGAUGCCUCUUUGGUCUCGUGAUAAUACCUGAGCCGGCGACAAGUCUGCUGAUGUCUGUUCACGGCAGAUGUGUAUGUUUUUAAUGUGCACUUAAGAGGCGGUUGUUGGUAGGAGGUUGAAUCUGUGGCUUCUCACUCAGACCUUUGAGGUUCCUGCUGCACUAGCGAUGUAUCUGCAAGAGGACUGUCUGAUUGGUUGAAAUGCUGCUGAAGGGGCCCGCAACAUGCCACUAAACCACGGUGCUCAGAUCACCGCAGUACACAACAACCCUGAGCCAGUCUUUCUGUUCAGUUCUCUUAUAUUUUUUUUCUCAUCUUCAUGGUUUCAGCCAGACCUGGGCCAAAUGAUGUUGGAGUACCUUUCACUUGUUUUUUUUAAGCCUUCAUUGGAGUCACUUUGGACAGUACAAGGAGUGCCUAAAAAUGUGGACAAACAAUGGACUGUGUUGGAGAGUCACAACAGAAUAUUUGUGCGAUUAAGAAGCUGGCGGGAAUUGUUACUCUGCAGUAAACCUGUGGAGGUUUAAAACUAAAGGUUAAGAAUUACUUGCAACGGUUAUUGAGCCCAGGUCUGGUUCCAGCUGUUCAACAUUACUUGUACCUCUGUUUUGUAAUGCUGAAGAUGCUGCUCGCCUGGACAUGUGAAAGGGCUCUUAGAGCCUAGUGAAGGUAAAAGGUGAAGGGUCAACCUGAUCUUGGAAAGGGAAGCAGUUUUCAUCAAUUGGUUUGAUGCAACAGUUAAAUUCUACAAGAUACAAACUGAUGAAAGGCUAAAAGUAUUCAGUGUUGUGAAAACAUGCUAAAUAAAGAUGACUGCUUUUUUCCAACUUG